GCGUUCGAUAACAUUUUAAACAUCCAAACCUACGCGGAAGAACGCUUCAAGAAAGAAAACUAUACCAUGACGUCAAAAAUACACCUUGCCAGUCGUUACUAGGUUUUGUUAGAGUAACCUUCAAGAAACUAAUCGCUGGUUUGACGUCACAGUAUUGCAUAAUCGCAGUCACUUGAAGACUCGCCAAAAAUAGACGAACGCAGCCUGUGCAGUGGGGGUCCAAGUGUAGUGUGCGUUUCCGAGUCUGCUUCGUCCCGGAAUCGGAUCGGCGGCGUGUGAGUUGCUUCGAAGCUCGACAUGCUUCGCCGAAAGAAUCUUGAUUUCCACCUGGGAGUCUAGGGAGCAGGAAGGAGCAUGAAACGUACCCACAGCGAAGGGUGUGGUGGUGGCAGCAGUGGGGCUGCCAGCCCGUCUCUGGGCUCCUCCUGCGCGGCCAGUGGACCCCCCAUGAUGAUGUACGCCUGGGGACACGGACCCAACGGGGAGCUGGGAUUGGCCGCCAGCAAGGACGAUGCCGAGGCGGCAGUGCUGAGGCCCCAGCGGGUCCGUCGUUUCGGCACACGGGUGGUGCGAGACGUGGUGUGUGGGCGGCACCACACCCUCGUACUGCUGGCCAAUGGGUGCGUCUACAGUUGCGGAUCCAACGACUUCGGGCAGCUGGGGCAGGACAAAUCUAUGCGCAAGCUGGAACAGGUGACGGCGCUGUCCGCCCACGAGAUCCGAAUGGUGGCCUGCGGCCACGACCACUCGCUGGCCCUGAGUGAGGCCGGCCAAGUCUUCUCGUGGGGCUCAAACCAGCAUGGACAGCUCGGCACCGGCCCAGACGAGGAGAGCCGCCUGCGCCCCAGGGUGAUAAAGAAGCUGGCAACGAUGCAUGUGGUGCAGAUAGCAUCUGGAGCCAACCACUGCCUCGCCCUCGUUAACAACGGAGAGCUGUACAGCUGGGGCGGCAACAGCCACGGGCAGCUGGGGAUCGGCAGCACCGCGCAGGAUGCCAACCAGCACACGCCCGUGCGAGUGGUGCACCUCGCCGGGGUGCCGUUGGCACAGGUGGCUUGCGGAGGCUCCCACAGCCUGGCGCUCACGCCUUCGGGAACUAUCUUUGCCUGGGGACAUAACUCCUUUGGACAGCUCGGUAUGAAUGACCAGAAGGACCGCUCCCACCCCAUGGUACUCAAGGCUCUGCGUUCACAGCGGAUCAAGUACAUCUGCUGCGGAGAGAACCACACAGCCACUCUGACCACGGAUGGAGGUGUGUUCACCUUUGGCAACGGCACGUACGGCCAGCUGGGUCAUGGGGUCAAGUCCAACGAAAUCUUGCCCCGGCGGGUCUCGGAACUCAUGGGCACCGUCAUCACCCAACUGGCUUGUGGGCGGUGCCACACGCUCGUGUACGGGCCCCGGGUAGGCCGGGUGUACGCCUUUGGUCUGGGAGGAGCGGGUCAGCUGGGCCAGGGUAGCCUGACCUCCACUACCCUCCCCUGCCCUGUUCCGGGGCCCUGGAACGACAUGGUUCACCCCGCAGAGAGUGAGAGGUCACCCAGCCCCCAGCCCCCGCAAAGCCCUCCCGAGGAUUCGGAGAUCUCCUGGUCGCAGUGUCUGUCCGACGACGCCUCCUGCCCCAGUGGAGAGGAUACCCUUUCGGCCCCCUCGGCCCCCAGCCAGGGGAGGGCCACCCCUGACGAGGUCAUUGAGGCCGACCUCGCGCACUCGGAGGUGGUCGACGCGGAGGACGUCCCGUCGGAGGACGCCCCAGCUGAUGUUGAAUCCCUAAAGGAAGGAGACCAGCUGGUGGUACACAAAAUUGUGAGCGGGGGAGAUCGCUGCUUCCUUCUCUGCUACGAGAACAAGGUGGAUGCUCCCCGUCCCCUGGACUUCCGGUUCCACAGCAAGGACAGCCAGGUGCUUCGACUGGACAACGAUCUCCUGGAGCAGCUGCCCUUCUUCCCUGCCACUGAGCAGGUGCCGCAAGAGCUGCUCUCGUACCUUGAGACCAUCUUCGGCUCGUGUGCCUGCCUGAAUGCCUCGUACCUCAAGGAGGAUGGCAGCCACUUCAAUUGCAGCGAGCUGAACCCCGGUGUAGACAUGGAGGCAGCGCGCCAUGGAUUCCGAUGCAUCCAAGACGCUAAGCACUCUUCCAUUGGUCAGGUGGUCAGCACAUGCCUGGAAGAGCUGGUGAAAGGCCUUACCAACUCCCCUACUGACAUUGAAGCCAUGCGUGUGCUUCUGCUGCUGCCCCUGUGCCACCUGUUCCGAGAUCCGGCCAAUCAUUUGGCCACGUUGGUGGGAAAGUACUGCCUGUGUGUGACACAGCUCAAGCCCCGACCAGCAGCCAUCCUCGAAAGGUGGUGGUCUUUGCUGGGUGAAGCACAAUUUGAAGACCUUGUUGGGAUUUUUAAGGAAUGCAUUAUCUACGUUCUUGGUCGAGAAACGCCGACGAAACAGAAUCACGGACACUUGAAGCUGGCCCUGGACAUCCUGUCAAGGUUGAACCACGUGAACCGCGACAUUGGCAGCCUGGUCUCCUACGAGCACUUCUACAUCCCUGCGGUCACGGAGAAGGUAGACGUGCAGCUGGACUACAUCCAGUGGAUCCAGACGAGCAGGGCGCAGAGGACAAACAAGGUGUACUUCUGCGACUAUCCGUUUGUGUUCAACGCCCAAGCCAAGACUUUGAUCCUGCAAACGGACUCGCACAUCCAGAUGCAGCAAGCGAUGGAGACGGCUUGCCAGCAGACCUUUGCCAGCCUCAUCCUGCCCGUGGUUCCCCCGUCCAACCCGUACUUGGUGCUUUACGUGGGGCGGGAAAACAUAGUCAAUGACACCCUCAACCAGCUGGCAGACCAGUCGGCGGCCGACCUCAAGAAGCCCCUCAAGGUCCAGUUCCAUGGAGAAGACGCUGUGGAUGCCGGGGGCGUCAGGAAGGAAUUCUUCUUACUGCUACUCAAGGAAAUCCUAGACCCAAAAUAUGGCAUGUUCACUGAGUACCCGGAGUCACGUUGCAUCUGGUUCAACACUCAGAGUUUCGAAGAGGACGUCAUGUACUACCUGAUCGGCAUUGUGUGCGGAUUGGCCAUCUACAACUUUACCAUCAUCGCCCUGCCGUUUCCCCUGGUGCUCUACAAGAAGCUCCUUAAACAGAAGGUGACCCUGAACGACCUGGGCGACCUCUCCCCCACCUUGGCCAAGGGCCUCCAAGAGUUGCUCAGCUACGAAGGGGACGACCUGGAGAGCGUCUUCUUCCUCAACUUUGAGGUGUCGGUGGAGCACUAUGGGCACACCACGAACCACGAGCUCAAGAAGGGUGGCCAUCACAUCAAGGUCAACAAGGAGAACAGGCAGGAAUAUGUGGACUUGUAUGUGGAUUUCCUGCUCAACUCGUCUGUACAGCACUGCUUCGAGGCCUUUUCCCAGGGCUUCUACAAAGUGUGCAGCAGCAAAGUUCUCGACCUCUUCCAUGCCCAGGAGCUGAUGAUCCUCGUGGUUGGCAGCGAAAACUAUGACUGGGGGGACUUGGAAAAGAAUGCAGAAUACAAGAAUGGCUACCGUCCAGAUCACCCCACCAUACGAAUGUUCUGGAGGGUAUUCCAUGGCUUGGAUUAUGAAGAGAAGAAGAAAUUUUUGCUGUUCCUGACCGGAUCAGACCGAAUCCCCAUUUUAGGAAUGAGCGAGAUCAAGAUAAUCCUGCAGCCGAUGAAGGUGGACGACGACCACCUGCCUGUGGCACACACCUGCUUCAACCUGCUGGACCUGCCCAUGUACUCGACCGAAGAUGUCAUGCGGGAAAAGCUGCGCCUGGCCAUACAGAACACCCAGGGCUUUGGACUGGUCUAGCCGCCGCUUCCAGAGCGCCAAAAUUUAGCCCAUUUGUUUCAAGAUAGAGAAGUGCAAAAUCAAAGUGAUAUCUUUAAACAUUAUUUUUUGUUGUACUUUCGUGCACGAGAGGAUCGGUGCAUUUUGUCAGAGUUAUGUAAUAUAUUUUGUACCAACUGUUUGCCAGGAUGUUGGCAAUCUCUCAAGGAGGCAGCUCCUGUUUGCGGCGAAACUUUGUACGUGCUGGCGGCAGCCUGGUUUUACACUAUGCACCGGAUAGGAAUUUGAGUACCUCUGUUUCACAUCUUGCAUGCAAGCACUCUGCCUAGGAAGGACUAAAAAGCCUGAUCAAGAGAAAUGCUUUGCCUUCACAUAAGUGAAAGCUGGCUCUAUUUUGUAGCUACUCUCUUUUCUGCUUUGACAGCUUUUGUACGAGCCUGGUUGCUCGCAAUGUUUGGUGCUCGGUCCCCUACCCAAUUGGAGGACACUUUGCAGACUUCAUUUGGAAUAAAACAUUUCACAGAUAA